AUGGAGGCUUUGCGGACAGUCGCUCGGUCAGCCUUCCAGAGUGGUGUCUUUCACAAUAGCCCGUUGCAUUACAAUAUAGUCACCACAACUGAUACUAAUCCUCAUUCGCCGGUCACGCUGGUUGAAGCCUCUGCGAGUCUUGCUGAGGUAGAAGACAUCAACAAGAGCGAUCGAUCACUCUUACUGGUCAAAAUCGUCUACGACGCGACUCUCUCAUGCCAUGCAUUUCGUACCACACAAAGCGACAUCCAGAGACUAUUCGAAAUCUUCCACAGUGAUCCCUACGGGCUUGGCCUGGUUGCUAACGACAUGACGGGCUUCCAUUGUCUUACGGGCAGCGAAAGCGGGCCUCUUACCAGCUACUAUCUCCAAUGCGCUGCGUACAAAAUUUUGUGGACCUAUAACUCUGAAAGCCAGUUCGUCAGGGGCAUCACGUUUGUCAUCAGCUCAAAGAGGGGCUCUUCAGCCUUUGCAGAUCUGGUCAACAUAAUGAAGCUCAAUCUCGCACUUCUCUUACACCCCCUUUUCCUGCCACUCUCGGCUGCUACUCAGACCGUGGCAUUUUUCGAUAAGCUGCUGAGACAGGGUUAUGAUCAGGCCAGGCUUGUUGAAGUUGCCACCGGCUACCGCCCCAUAACGGAAUUAUUAGAAACCCGAGAAGGACUGCGAAAGCUUACCGAUGUGUCGCGCGAGACGAGUAUUUUGAUUCGAAAGUCUCUGAUGGUUAUUCGACGGAUCAAGCAGUGGAAGCUUGCAGCUAGAGACUUUGAACGAUUGGCCCUAAAUCAUCGUCCGGCGAGUGAUUCGGUACGCCUCGGCCUUCUUUCCGCUGAAGCAAGCGCAAAAACGGUCUCGGCCAGCCUUAAGCUCAUCCAAAGUAGACUGGAAGUGAUGGAAAUUGACUUCAACUAUAUCGUGGGUCGGGCCGAGAAUCAAUCUACUGUUGUAUACGCUCUAACUAGCAUCAACUUGGCGAUGGCUGCCACGCGCGAUAGCUCUAGCAUGAAAGUAAUUGCCAUCAUGACUAUGGCUUUCUUGCCAGGAACGUUUCUGGCAGCCUUGUUCGCCGUACCGUCUCUGGACUGGGACUCUCAAACUGUUAUCCAGAGCAACUUCUGGAUAUACUGGGCGUUUGCAAUACCCUUCACCAUUAUGGUCUUUAUCAUUUGGAUGUUUCUUACCCAGCGACAGGAGCUGUCACAGUUUUACGACCGCAUCAGAGUGUACACAGGGCGCAAAGGACGCAAAGCGCUAUCGACUUGA